GUGGAAUCUGCUGAGACUGCCAGCAGUGUUUGCUGUGGCGUUCUACCAAGAGGACUAGAAAAAACAAUAUUGAGAAAUAUUGGAAUUUUUGCAAAGGGACUAUCUAAUGCUGGAUAUAUUUUACUAGGCAACUAAGCAUCCACCGAUUGGAACACCCAGGGGGACAGCGGGAAUCCACUGGAUUUGCCCACUAAUGCCAGUCAUUAAGAUGUCUGAGUUUGGUGGAGAGAGCUCAUCAAGGCAGAAAUCAGACUGAACCUAAACCUUCCAACAAACCUUUAAUGUCCCUUAUGUGUUUUCAUUGAAUCAUCAGAAUGUAAUGCACUGAAGCUUUUGAAAUUUGCUGAAUAUUACCAGAAAAUUACAGAAAGACUGAGACAAAACAGCUCCAUUAAAACUGCUGCAAAUAAUUACCUAUCCAAAUAAUGUGAAGUUGAAGAUUUUACUGACAUCCAACAGUAAACAUACAGACCUUGUAUGGCUACAGCCGUGUAUCUGGCCAUUAUGGAUGACAGUCACAAGUCAGAAUAGUCGGAGACAAACUCAAUUAAGGAAUGGAAACUGAAGCCUGGUGCAUGACCAAGUCAUAAAAGGGUGUUAGCGAAGUAAAAUGAUCAUAAAUACAGUCUGCAGAAGUACACAAGCACCAUUAUAAUUAUGACAGGAACUCAACAUUGUUUGGAUGAAACAUAGCUUUAUAUAAUAAUAUAAUGACAUGAUUUAUUGAAAAAGAAGCCAAAAAACUGAGACAGCUGCCAACAUUCUCAACACCUCCACAAAUAUUUAGAUCAGAGUCAAAUCAUAUUUUGAAAUGUAUGUAAAAUGACAGAAUGUGUUUGCUUGUGAUGAUAUGAAAUAACUUGUUUGAUUUCUAUACUUAAAAUGGGCCAUAAUGCCACCGAGCAGUUGGAAUAUGAAAGUCCUUCAAUAAUAGAAACUCCUGUGAUAAUAGACAUUGUGAAUGUUCUAGUGUUCAUUGUGUCAGUAUUUGGGAUAUUUCUGAACAUGACAACGAUCAUUGCCCUGAGCCACCUACCCUGGUCCUCAAGACCCAACCUGCGUCUCAUCCUCAGCCUGUGCGUGGCGAACCUUGCUUUUCUCCUCAACUUCCUCAUCUACAUGAUCACCUACUACUCCAACCCCGCCGAGAGCGGAUAUGCAGCUACAUGUCUCAUGUUUGAGAUACUCCGCUGUGUAAUAUAUCUGUACAUCUUUUUCAACCUGUCUUAUAUAGUGCUAGACCUGUAUCUUGCAGUGACCAACCCACUGGGCUACGCCUCCAUUGUCAACAAGGGGCGUACAAAUAAGCUCCUCGUCAUGAAUGCUGUCAUCUGUCUCAUAAUAGCUGCACUUGCCAUUACCUUUAACUACAUAACUAUCAAGGAUUCCACACGUGUAUAUACUCAUGAAAGCAGUUGUUCUAUCUAUCCAAACUACUUGUACAUUCGUUCUUUCAAUUGGAUUUUUAAAGUUUCUGUGUUUAUUUGCAUUCCAGUGUUUAUUGUAUUACUUCUAAUCAUACUGCUUGCUGUGAAAGCGACAAAUGAUUCUUCGAACAGAAACACUCAACCAUCGAAUUUACGAGAUGUGAUUAACGUCUACAUGGUGAUGACUUCAUUUCUUCUGUGUUUUGGUCCAUAUCAGUUUAUAUCAUUUUACAUCCAGUACCUUCCUGAGAAGUACGAGCACUACACGAUUCUGGCCCCGCUGCUCGAGAGGCUGUUCUACUUGAACGGUUUCUUCAUGCCCCUAAUAUACAGUCUGCGAAUGGAGGAUGUGAAGAAGGGCUACACGCUCAUGUUCAAGAAGUGUGUGUCUGCAGCCUCUGACUACCAGAGUGUGCUAUAUAGGGACUGAAUAUUGAGGACAACCACAUAACAAUCAUAAACAUAGGGACUAAAUACUGGGGACAACCACAUAACAGUCAUAAACAUAGGGACUGAAUACUGGGGACAACCACAUAACAGUCAUAAACAUAGGGACUGAAUACUGGGGACAACCACAUAACAAUCAUAAACAUAGGGACUGAAUACUGGGGACAACCUCAUAACAAUCAUAAACAUAGGGAUUGAAUACUGGGGACAACCACAUAACAAUCAUAAACAUAGGGACUGAAUACUGGGGACAACCACAUAACAAUCAUAAACAUAGGGACUGAAUACUGGGGACAACCACAUAACAAUCAUAAACAUAGGGACUGAAUACUGGGGACAAUCACAUAACAAUCAUAAACAUAGGGACUGAAUACUGGGGACGACCACAUAACAACCAUAAACAAUCGUGUUUUGGACGGAAGAUCAGUGUUUUAAGACAGAGAGUAGACUUUAAAAAAUAUUUUAAUUAUUUCUUGAGAAUUAAUAAACGGUGCUUUUCUUAAAACCUCUUUAGAAUAUGGUAAUGGAAUUGACAUUCUAGUUAAAUAAGUAUAAUGGACAUAUGUGUUAAAACUACUUGAUUGUCUUUACAAAAGAUAUAUCUUUUUCAUACCACAAAUUUCAUCCUUUGCACAGACUAUGAGGUCAUGCACAAGCAAGACUUCAAGUGAUAAUAAAAAUGCAUUAUUUAUUAUUAUAGUUAUUUGAAAUAUAUAAUUAUGUUGAAAUAUUUAGUGAAGUAUCACUUUCCUUUUGUAAUUAAUGACUUAAUUGUUGUAUGUGAUACAAAAUAAAAAGGAAAAACAAUAACAAAGAAUGUAACAUUUAAAUGUGAAAGAUACUUCAGUAAAAAUAUAUUUAUCAGUACAGUCUGUUAUGACAAGGUAUUAUUAUAUGGACUCUAAAAUGUUCUAAAACCUGGCCUGGCCUGGCCUGGCCUGCUGACUCAGCAUUUUGAGUCAGGCCAGGCCAGGACAGGCCAGGCCAGGACAGGCUAGAUUUUAUACAUAUUGAGAGUACAAGCACUGAAUAUACAGGAACACAAUGAUAUAUAUUUCUUUAGAAAUCAAACUGCAUGUUUAAUGUAAUGUAUUUUUUUUUUGCUUUAUUAAGAUAAAAAGUAGUUUAAUAGAAUGCAUGGAGAAAUUCUUUAUACUUUUUUUUAUUUAAGUGCACUGCAGCUCUGGAUUUACAAAUCGAAUCUUUAAAUCAAUGUGUUCAGACUCAACUGUUAUACAUAUAUAUUUUAUUUUUUACACACAUAUGUAUUUUAUUUAUGACAAUUUUUAUGUUUUGUUUUUUAUUAAAAUGUAGAAGUUCUAUCUUACAGUUCAUACAAUAGUUGAUCAUCAAGUUAUUCAAAACUACAUGCAUACUUCAAAUGAAAACCUGAUUUUUGUAUAAGUAAAUGAAUUAAUCAUUAUUAAACUAAAUUCUCUAUCAAAAUAAAACCCAGAAAAAGUAUUUUAUUAAACAUGCAGUUUAAGGUAAAUCAUUGUGUUUCAGUAUAUUCAGUACUUGUACUUUCAUUAUGUAUAAAAUAUGGCCUGGCCUGGCCUGGCCCGGCCUGGCAUGACACAAAAUGCAGAGUCAGCAGGCCAGGCCAG